AUGGCUACUCCUGACAUGAAUGGUAUUCUUGAGGCCACACAGCAAUACUCAAACCUGAAUAAACGAAAAAAGUUAUCGACAGCUCGUCAGCCGGCCGAACGAGAGCCUCGACUUCCUGCUCUGCCACCGGACUCUUCCCCUGCGGCGUCUUCUGCUCCUGGAAAUAUAUCUGGUAUAUUACAAACUAAACUGUCUCGGCCGGAUGCAGCCACGAAGCAAGUGGAGAAAACCUUCGAGGCCAUACAGAAGCUUAACCAGCCGUUUACCGAACGUACAAUAACGUCGUUACUUGAGAAAGCCUUCCACGUUCUUGUUGAGAAGAACAUCUCGAUCGACCUAGAUAAUAUCAUCAACACUUGCGUACCAGAAGCUGAACAAGUAAUGUGGGGUUACUGCCAACCUCGAUCUGGCCAGACCGGUGCCAACGCCCUUUUGCCGGCCGGCGAUACAUCAUCCAACAAGAAGCGAAAAGCCCAUACCGACGCUUAUGGCGAUUCUCCAGUGGAAAGUUCUGCCGAAUUGGACAUAUCUUCUCGGCCCAAACCUACCAAGCGCAAAAAGCAGGUAGGCCAAUCGUCAAGAGGCCGGCCCAAGGCAGUUCUUGUCACCAACAUCGAACAACUCGAAGCCCAACUGGAGUCUUUCCAAUACGGCGCCGAUCACAAAGACAUCUUGCGUCAUGCUCGCGAACAGACGGUCACCCCUGCGAAGACGGCCACCCCUGCCGCUAGCGUCGAAAAUGCCCCUUCUGUCAGCACAACCUUGACCCAGUCCAGUCCAGGGGUCAACCCCGACGCGUCCACCACCUGCUCUACAGCUUGGAUGAUUUACGGUGUCAUGUUUGGGGAACAAGGCCACAAGCGCAUCCGCCGGCUCAUUGCGGAGAACACGUCCAGCAACCCUCGAUUAUGGAAUGUCAGAGUCUCCUACAAUGCAGCUACGGCAUUACAAGAACCCAACAUGCAUCCCAAAGUCCAAUCCAUCUUCCAACUAACCCACAGCCUUACCCAGCAGAACACCAAGCUUGUCACAUUUAGCGUGUUACAGAUGUACCAACGGUAUCUGUUCUGUGAGGAAUGGGACAGCCUUACCAAAGAGGCAAGAGAUGAGCAGUCGAUCACAGGGACUACCGGCUCGGGUAGCAGUCCACAGACCGUCCAAGCCUUCCUACCCGAAAGAGGAUACCAUACCAGACGUGGCCAUGCCAUAUCCAGCUGCCUGCUUGAGUACUUUACCAUGAAGCUCGGCUUUCGCUCGAAGAGAGCAUUGAGCCAGAUGAUCUACAGCCAUCGCCCGGUUCAAGCCCUGGUCCAUAUUUUCGGCCAAGGCGUCAUCCCUUUCGUCCCACCAACCGAGCUCAACACGUAG